GCCACACUUAGAAAAGCCGUCAUAGAUACAACCAGCAAAGCGAAGAAUUUGCUUAUUUUUGCAAUUUAAACUAGGAAACUGAUGAAGGCGGAGACUGUAAGUGUGGAUCUGAGAUACGAACGCUACAGCAUAGUAAGUAAUGCCAAAAUCGUAGGCGCAAUUCGACUUUAUAGUGUGCGUGAAUUGAAAAAGCAAAAAGAUAUUACAAGUGAAUUGUGUACAAGAAAAGACGCAAGAGAAAAGAAGAAGAAAAACGGAAAAUAUUAAAUUUAAAAAACGAGGUUCUAGAGCGGACAUCUUCGAUAGAUAGCCGGCCAUUUUUUUUUUGUAAUUUUUUAUAAAAGUGUCUCGCCAUGAGCUUUUUGCCCGGCGAGCCGUUGCCGCCUGGAUACGAGGAGGAUGAAGUGGCCAGGCCGGCGAUUAUCCAAAAGCAGAUUGAAAGCUACAGUGGAGGACCCCUUCUGGGGACAGAGUACGCCAUUGAACUCCACGAGGUCGGUCAACCGCGUCCCGACUACUACUGCGUCCUGUGCCAAACUUGCAACGACAGCCGCUCCAUCUUCGUGCACUGGACCUCGCUGGCGCAUCGGGCCAAGUACCUCCAGACGCACUUUCAGAAGGCCUACGACGUGCUCCAGAAACUGAAGCGCAUUCCUAACAGUGCCGGCGAUCUGGUUAUCGCCACCGGGAAUCUAGCUCAGCUAAUCGAGAAGCACUUUGGGCGGCCGCGUCAGGUGACGACGUCGACCAACGAGGAGUUCCGCCGCCACCGAGACAAAAUGUUUAACCAGGUGAGGGACAAGUUCCACUUCGACGAGAGUUCUGGUUCCGAUUUUGUGGAGCAGGCCCAUGGCGUACUCCGUGAGCUUAAGUCCGACGAUCCCAGCAUCAAGAUCAACCUGAAGAUCAACGAGCCCGAGAAGCGCGAGGAAGGCAACAUCAUCUCCCUGGACGCCAUAUCCAGUGACGAUGAAAGCUUCGGCCCCGGACCUGGCCCCGGAGUGGCUAACGAAACAUCAAAAAAGACGCCGGGCAAUCGAGGCGCGAACAGCUCGCCUCCGGCUCCAGGCGCCGACAAGUCGAAGCACCUUCAACACCUGCCCACGCCAAAGGAACUGUCCAUCCAGGCUAACAUGAUUGCGCAGGAGCGCUACAAGUGGGAGAAGUUCCGCUGCCUUCUCGAAAUCCAGCUGAAAAAGCUUCGCGACGAGACGGAGACCUACGAGUCAAAUCCUGAGAAGCAUCCGGACUAUCCGGACGAGUGGAAGCAGUUCUGGAAUAGGCGCUAUAAGCAGUUGCAGGAGGAAAAGAAGGUGGAUCCCAACCACUACGACUACAAACCGGAGUGGAUUGCCUAUUGGAAGGACCGCCGCAUCGAAUUAUUCAAUAUAGCCGUCAACAAGAUCAAGAAGGAGCUCAAGGAAAAGUUCAAGCUGGGCGACGACGACGAGGGCAAGACCAAGGAGCUAAUGGAGCGCUAUAGGAUCCGGGUCUCUAGUCCGAGGGAUCCCAGUGUUGCCGUCAAUCGUCGCAAGCUAGCCCCCAGGAACGCUGGUCGCCCAGCUGGAGGCGGUCCAGCGGGUCCGGCUGCUGUGGAAGCGGUAAUAAACAUAAGCGAUGACGAAGGCUCCCAGCCAGCAAGUCGAAAUCGUCCCGCCUAUCGCCGAACCGAUUCCCGCUCCAUAUCGCCCAAGCGCGGUGGCGGACGUCGGCCAGCAAGGCGCUCUCGGAGUCGCUCGCCGCGAAGACACUUCAGACGCGGCUCUUCCCGUUCCCGUUCCCGCUCGCGCAGCUUGCGACGGCGGUCGCGCUCUCCCGGCUAUCAUCGCAGACGCGGGGGCCGGCAUUCCAGAGACAGAAGCCUGUCGCCCAGUCCGCGGGAGUACCCAGAUCGUCGCAGCUUUGACAGGGAACGCUCUAGUGAGUUCUAUCGCGGAGGAGGAGGGGAUAGCUACAACCGCCCGCCUCGGAGUUACGACCACAUAGAAAGUUUUCGCGUGAUGGACUCGCGCGUUUAUCCAGAGUACAGUUUGCCAAAGGUCCGAUCCAGGUCGCCGUCCACCUCUGCCCCCAAGGACAAGGAGCCGGCGGAGCUCGUAGAAGAAGGACCUCUGACCGUAGUCAGUGUGCUGCGCAUGCUGUCCGCUGUGGAGGACCACUUGGGCAGCUUGGGACCAAAGGCACUUAACCUCCUGAGCAAGGCUUUAGCCAUGGAAAUGGUGCAGCCGAAUGCCGCGGACAACCUCCUGCUCAACGAGGACAAUUGCGUCUUCCUUGAGACCACCAAAGAGAAGCUGAAGGGCAUCCUCAUCGCAGAGGUCCUGGACGACCCGCACAAGGUACGCGUGGUCAAGAAACUGAUCACAAACAUUGCGGCCAUCAUUUUCCAGGUCAACUCCCGGGGUCCCAGCGAAUCCUCGGACGCAAACGCCAAGGCCGGGAACGAGGCGAAGCCGCUUUCCUCCACCUUUCAGCUGCCCUUCGACCGGAACGUGCUGGCUCCGAAGCUGGCCAGUGCGCUGGUGGUCAAGGGCUACUUCGACGUGACCACCGAUGACAUGAACAAGCUGCUCCACUUCUUCGGGCUACUGGCAAAGACUGACAAGCAGCGUCGGGAGGUGUACAAGGACACGCUCGACUUCGACGAGGUGCGUGCUAGGCUGGGUUUGUCCAGGGAGUCAAAGUCCGCGAAGGGGACCGGGCCGACGGCCUCAGGCGACUCUGAGUCCACGCCCAUUGGCAUCGACCUGGACGAACUGAUGAAGGAGGUGGAAAACCAGCUGCACAAGGAGUCAGGAGACGCGGGCGCGGGAGGAGCCGGAAAGACGAACGAAUCUUCAUCGGGCAGCAACGGAUUGAUGGAGUCCCUGACCGAUUCGGACCUGCAGACGCUACUCCAGAACUUCAAGUUCCUAUCCAGCGAGGAGCAGGUACAUCUGAUUGGACAUUUGCGGAAACUGGAGGUCCAGGAGCCGACUCGCGUCGAAAGGCUUAGAAAAUUCGUGAACCUGGCCGAGCUGAGCGGCGACGGCGAGUCCUGCAGUGACUUCUUGUCGCGUGUUGUUGCUAAGACGGGUGUUGACAAGUCAUCGGCAUCAUCGUCACUGCGAGGAGCUGCCCUGACGGGUGGUGGCUCAUCCUCGGGUGCCUCGGCUGCCUCUGCCUCCCUGUCCUCCCUGACAGCGCGGCGUCGCAGCUCGGAGCGGGAGAGCGGAAGCCGGGACCUGGCAAACCUCCCAAUCAACAAGCCGAGAUCAGUGGGCCGUGGAUCACCCUCCUUCGUGAUCGAUGACGACGAGGACGACGACGAUGACGACUACAACUUUGACGAUCUAGUGAUGAAGGCCUGCGACACCAAUGGAUCCGCUGGCGGCGGAAGCGGUGGUAACAAGGCUGGAGCCGCCCCGGUCUCUGCGCCCUCGGAAUCCUCUACGAAUUCGUUGACUUUCAAGCCUGCAGCUCCAAAGAUCUCUCUCGCCGACACGGAAACCAUUAUUGCCAAUCUGAUGGGCACCCUGAGCAAGGGGACGGGCUCGCAGGGGGGUUCUCUUUCGGGUUCGGGCUCAGGUCUAGGAUCGGGAGACCGAGGUGGAUCGGUUCGCAACUUCAACAUGAUGAAUCCGCAUCAGUCGAGUCAGAGUGUCAACCAGCAGCAGCACCCACAUCCACUUCCGCAGCAACAACACCAGCAUCAGCAACAGCAACAGCACCAACAGAUACAGCAUCCACAGUUCGGGAAUCCGAACCAAGGCUAUCCGACGCAGCAGAUGAGCGGGGUACCUGAUCCGUAUGGAAACCAGCAGGGCUAUGGUGGCUACCAGUAUGGAGGCGCUAGCGGCAUGCAGCCGCAGUUCCCCGGACAUACCGGAUACGGAGGACCCGGCAUAAAUCCCUGGGCCAGCAACGAUCCCUCGCAGCAGCAGCCCCAGUACAACCCGAUGCCCCAGGGCUACAUGCAGCAGCAGGCUCACUACAACAACGUGUACGGCGGUCGUCAAUAGACCCUCCACGCCACAAACUAGGGAUAGUGUUUAGCUUUAGCUCCGAAGUCAUCGAUGCGAAGGGGUGCCUCCGUGGGCAGCCCGUGCCCGAGAAUGCGGUUAGUUGAUAAGUGACUAAAAGAUACCAGGUCUUUUGCCGGAACAAACUCUUUGUUUUCAGGUUUGGGACGCGGAAUAAAAAUGGACUCGAAAGAAUGUUCACACCUCAAUGUUUUUUUCUCGCACGCGGGAGCGCUGUAACCUGAAAUUCACAAACUCUUAAACCAUUUGAAGUGGACGUGCAAGCAUGUAUUGUUAGCCUUAAGUGAGUUGCCGCAAAACCACCUUGUUUGAUAAUAAAGAUGAGAAAAAACGCAUUUCCGCAGAUGAUGAGAAACUGCAAACGAGAAACGUUCCCAAAAACCCCUUCCUAGUGUUAACCUUAAAAAGAAAUCAAAAGAUGUAUCUACUUUGUUGUAUUUAUUAUUUCUCAAAAGCUGUACUUGUGGCUUUGAGUUCCCCCGUCACCAGGGGUGGCCUGAAACCCAUCCAACUUCGGGACUACGGAGUACAUUUGAAAUACUUUUGAAGUGUCUGUGUAUUAGUUUGCAGCAAAAAAUUUUUGUUAAAACUCCAAAUAAAAUUCGGUGAGCCUAGUCAA